CUGAGCGCUUUUUCCGCUGAGCGCGCCUAUUGGGCACAGCGACUGUACUUAAAAGUUAUAAAAAUAGCAAUUAAAAGAAAAAAGUAGUGAAAAUCAGAAGAAAUGGCCAAAUUCUCCACAACGUUGUACAAUAUCUUUCUUAAACGAACAUCCACAUUUACGCUGACUAUUUUAACUGCGGCUUUCAUAUUUGAAAGAACUUUUGAUAUAGCCUCGGAUAAGAUUUUCGAUACUGUUAAUAAAGGAAAACUGUGGAAGCAUAUCAAGGAUAAAUAUGAAUAGUGGGAUACACUAGGAAGAAAUGAAUGUUAGCUUUAUAUUUAGGUAAUUUAUAUGUUGCCACUACACAUGUAAAUAAACAAGUUCAGCAAAAUAGCUA